UUUCAUGCAGUGUGACAUCAGCAGUCUCCACCUACUUCUACUCAAAUAUUUACUGCUGGAUUUUUAGCCAUCUUCAACAUUGUUUCAGGUGUGAAAAGAACAGAGCAAUCUUCCUUUCUGGCAGCUGUUAAACUGUCAAGCACAAAUAUGAAAUUGAUGUAUCUUCUUAUACUUUUGGUGACCACCACCGUACCUGGAAGUGUUCUUGAUUUCAAAUGGAAACUGUGGAAAUCCCGCUAUGCAAAGAGCUACUUAAAUGGGACAGAGGAACUUCUACGGAGACAGAUUUGGAACAGCAACUGGAAAAAAGUUAUGCAUCAUAAUAGCAGAGCUGAUAAUGGGAAAGAGAGCUACUGGCUGGAAAUGAACCAGUUUGCUGACAUGACCAUUGAAGAAUUGGAGCAAAAUAAUGAGCUCAUGCCUUGGGACACAGAAGGAGUACCUGUCAGAAUACAAGAUGAAGUUAAUGAAUCUGUUCCUGCGGAGUUUGACUGGCGAGAGAAAGACUGUGUUACAGAGGUUAAGUCUCAAGGAAAAUGUGGCUCCUGCUGGGCUUUUGCUGCAGUCGGAACAAUUGAAUCAAGACUCUGUGCUAAAAGCGGCCAACUUUUCACAUUAAGUGAGCAGCAGUUGGUAGAUUGUGACUCAGGAAAUGACGGCUGUUCUCCUGGUAAUCGUGUUCAGGCAUUUGAGUACAUUAAAGCACAAGAAGGACUUAUGAAAGACAGUGACUAUCCAUAUAAAGCUAUGGAAGGUCGAUGUGACUUUAAUAAAAGACGUCUAGUGCAUGUUGUUAUCUCAAAUAUCGAGAAUGUUACUGCAAGCAGAAUUGCAAAGGAUAUUGUUACGCAUGGACCCACAUCAUCAGGUUUUGGUCUUAUGAAAGACUUUCACCUCUACAAAAAAGGAAUAUAUUCGAACCCCGACUGCUCCACUGCUAAAAAAAGACAUGCUAUAAUCAUUACUGGAUAUGGGCCAGACUUCUGGACGGUAAAGAACAGCUGGGGAAAAACUUGGGGUGAUGAUGGCUAUUUUCAUAUUAAACGAGGUGUCAACAUGUGCGAGAUUGAGAAAUAUGUCUGGAGCCCUUAUUUGCAGUAAAUUCAGAAGUACACUGAAUGUGCGGCGAAAUGGGGGCAAGAAAUCUAACAUGCUUUGCAAAGUGCUUACUAUGACAUCUCCAAGAGAUCGAAGGCCAUUUUGACUGUAGUUGGCUUCACAAAGUUUGUAAAAUAUUCUUAAAGACCAGAUAAUGUCACAAUUAAAAAUAUCAAUCCAGUCACCUUCCAGAUCAUGAACUAUAUGACUAAUCAUGUUUUCACAACAGCUGUUUUAAGAUAUUACUUAGGAAAUGUAAGCAUUGACAAUCUUUUUACAUCUUUAUAAUUAAGUUUUUGAGUCAUUUGAAGAAGCCUUUUGAAUGUGUGUUUGGAUAUAGAAUUGGACGUUAGGUUCAGUGAGCUGUAGUGAGAACAGUGCUAGGCACUACAUAUGCAGACUUUCACAAAGAAACCUUGUGCAAUCAAAUAUCACAGAAAGUCUUGUAACUAGAGCAGAGCAGGAAUGCCAGAAUGGAAAAUUCAGUAGAGGUAGAUUGUAUAGGAAUGCUUAUAAGGAAUAAUCCCUUGUUUAUUGACCUCAGAAUCUUCUAACAGUUAAAGAGUACUACACAUACAUCUCAACUUCUUGGUGCAAGAAAUCUGGACAAAGCCUAAAAUAAUAGUGUGACAAAA